AUGGCCUCUCAGCGCCCUCUGCGCCUCGGCAUCGUUCGCUGGCCAGCUCGGGCGCCCUCGGCUGUGGCCGCGGGCGGAGGAGAGGAGUUUCCGGGGCUCGGGUCCCUGCAGCCAUCCCGGGGAAGGAGCGCGGAAGCGAGUGGGCGGCGAGAGGCGGAGCAAGGGACGCGGGGGGCGUGGACGCGGCCGGCUUUGGAAAGGCCCCAAGUUAAUGAGGCGUGCGCUGGCGGCGGAGUGCCUUUCGGAGCUGGGCUUUCCCCCGCGGCGCGGGCGCCAGGAGCCGCCUUUUCCGCUGGGUGUCACUCGGGGGUGGGAGGGAUGGCCCAUUCAAAAGCGCCGCGAGGGGGCCCAGCCAGAGCCCUUCCGUGAGCGCUCGCAAGAGGACGGCAGAGGCCCGGCGGCUCGCAGCUCCCGGACCUUGUGGCGCAUCAGGACGCGGCUGCCCUGCUGCCCGGACCCCGAGGAGCCGCCGCCGCCUCCGCCGCUCUGCUUCCUGCGCGUUAGCCUCUUCUGCGCGCUCCGGGCGGGCGGCCGCGGGAGCCGUUGGGGCGAGGACGGCGCGCGCCUGCUGCUGCCGCCCCCGGCCCGGGCGGCUGGAAGAGGAGAGACCGAGCCGAGCGGCGGCCCCCCCUAUGCCGGGAGGAUGUUGGAGAGCAGCGGCUGCAAGGCGCUGAAGGAGGGUGUGUUGGAGAAGCGCAGCGACGGGUUGCUGCAGCUCUGGAAGAAAAAGUGCUGUAUCCUCACUGAGGAGGGGCUGCUGCUCAUCCCGCCCAAACAACUGCAACACCAGCAGCAGCAGCCCGGGCAGGGGCCGGUCGAGCCAUCCCAGCCCGGAGGCCCCGCUGUGGGCAGCCUCGAGCCGCCCGUCAAGCUGAAGGAAUUGCACUUUUCCAACAUGAAGACCGUGGACUGCGUGGAGCGCAAAGGCAAGUAUAUGUACUUCACUGUGGUGAUGGCCGAGGGCAAGGAAAUCGACUUUCGGUGCCCGCAGGACCAGGGCUGGAACGCGGAGAUCACGCUGCAGAUGGUGCAGUACAAGAAUCGUCAGGCCAUCCUGGCGGUCAAGUCCACGCGGCAGAAGCAGCAGCACCUGGUCCAGCAGCAGCCGCCGCAGCCGCAGCUUCAGCCCCAGUCCCACCCCCAAGCCCCGCCGCAGCCACAGCCGCAGCCGCAACCCCAACCCAAGCCCCAGCCGCAGCCGCAGCCGCAGCCGCAGCCGCAGCCGCAGCCGCAGCCGCAGCCGCUCCAUCCGUAUCCGCAUCCGCACUUGCGUUCGCACCCACAUCCGCACCCGCACCCACUACCGCUCUCGCAGCCGCACGGCCAGCGGCUUCUCCGUAGCACCUCCAACUCUGCCUGAAGAGGGCAGCACCCGGGGCAGACGAGGUUGUGAGGACUUGAGGAAGUGGGACGAGCACCUUUCUAUUGUCUUCACUUGGAUCGAAAACAAAACAGUCGCCCCGCCCGCACCAGACCAAGUAGUUUGGACAGAAUCCGACCGAUAGCUUGCGAUUCCUCUUAGUUUUUCUGCAUACUCUUCAUCACAGUGCAGGAAAUGAUUUCGAGUCCAGAAGGCUUUAUUUAUGAACCUUUGAGAGGAUCUUCCAGUAUGGUGGACCUUUUAGGAGCGAUGAUGUACUGUAAUGUUAUUUUAAUGUAUUUUGAUUUAUGAUUAUUUAUUAGUUUUUUUAAAAAUGCUUGUUCUGAGACAUUUCUGAAUGUAGGCCAUUUUCCAAAAAAGAAACUUUAUUUUCAAAAACCUAUUCCCUAGUAAGUUCUAAUCUUGGGAAAGAAGAAAGUAAAAGGGCGGUGAGGAGGAACACAUCAAGAAUUCAUUUUCAGAAGGUCUGACACUUAAAUGUUAUACCAGGUGGUUGAAAUUAAACUCUGUGAUACUA